UGAGAACAGGAAGUCACAAGACUGUGUGUUUGACUGCGGAGACAUUUGUUGCAAAAUAGACAUGGAAAAAGCCAUAGAAUCGCACGUUGAUGACUUGAUGACUGAACAUGGUGUGAUUGGUGUGUUGUGUGUUGACAACCAGGGUCUUGCAUUAACUGCUAAGGGAACAGCAAAUCCUAUACACUCUGGUCCAGUAUUGAAUUUAGCAGAAUGUGCCAAAAAGCUUUAUCCAGAAAUUGAACCACAACCAGUCAUUUGCCUGGAAUCUGAUGCCUGUAAUUUGCUUAUAAGAACACAAGACAAAGUAACAGUCGCAAUACACAAAGUUCCAUCAUGAUAGUCAAUAUAUAUUAAUACCUAAUCCUUAAAAGAGAGUAUUUUGUACACUUAAAAAAAUAAUCAAUAGAGUACAUGUCUGUUAAACAAAACUAAUAUGCAUUAAGUACAAAACUAAUUAUCAGAUCUUUGAAGCAGAACAUACAACACAGUGCUUCUCUGUUUUGUUUAUGGCCGAGUGAAUUGUUAGUUAAUUGAUAAUUUCCUUAAUGCAUUUAUAUACGUGGAUGUUUUGUUGUUUUACUCAUCAUAUGACAUGCAAUAUCAUAUUCUAUGUGGUCAAGUAUAAAAUAGGUAUCUAUCCGUAUCUUACCCACAUUAAUGAUUUUCAUAUCAUACUGUGAAGACAAUAAGUAUACAAAAAUUCCACAAAAGGAAUUUCUUUGAGAGGGACCUGAAGCUUAAUAGUCAUUCAAAUAUAUUGGAAAUUUGUAAUAGUAUUCGCUGGAUUUAGAAUUAUACCUCAUGAUAAGGCWUAUCUUAUUGUCAACUAGAUUCCUAGAGCUACCUAGAACUAUGAAAAAUAGUUUCAGGGAUGGUUAGCAAAUAACACAAGCAACUAGUAACUUGUGUUAUAUUUCAACAAAAUUGAAUUAAUUAACCUUAAGUCAGUGGCACAAGUAGAUAAUUUAAUUAAUAAUGGCCUCCUUAAUAGUAUUGACGAUAUGUUAUUUUUAAUGACCAUGAUCUAAACUGUGAAAGCUGCGUGUGCUGCAAUAAAACAUCUUAAUAUUAA